AUGGAGCGGAACGCACGGGGGGCGCGCGAGGAGCGGGAAAGGGCGGAGAAGGAGGAAGCGGACGCGGCCAAGGCGGCGCAAGAGGAUGCCGACGCAGCGGCCAAGGCGGAUGCGGCCGCCAAGGCGCAAGCAGAGGAGGCGGCCCGUGGCCGAACCCCGCAACUCAUCAUCCCACUGCGCUCCGCACCACCGGCGCCAGAGACCCAUGCGCCGACUGGGGGAGCCGGCGACGACCAGCCGGUCAUGGAAAGGGGAGGGAGCGAGCCCGUCGUCAUGGAGGCGGAGGCGACCCCGCCCCUGUCGACCGUCAACGCUCAGGCCAAUCGGCCUGAGGUGCCGCAGGCGCCGCCAACUGGUGGUGAGCUGAUGGUGGGGGCGCCCCCGGCGGUGCGUAGUCCGGUGAGCCGUCGCGCAGAGAAGGCGGCUUCACCACCACGGCCGCAAGAGUUCAGGGCUGCGAGCUCGUCAGCCCCUGACGCAAAGGCCACCAGCCGCGCCCCGCUAGAAUGGACGCAUGGGGGUGGCAUGGCCGUCUUGAAUACAGCCGCGCAAGAUGUCCGGGCCCUGCUCCAAGCCCAGGGCGCCGCCCUUCAGGAGUAUACGAAGGCGUUCGUAGCGACGCGAACUGCCGUCCGGGAACUGGGUGAAGCCCGAACCGCGCUACAUGCCAAGGAGGCGGAGUGUAGCAAGGCGGCUGAGGAGCGUGACCGCCUGGCCAAGGAGUUGGCUGACCAAGCGGACCGUCACAAGGCGGCCCUUCAGAAGGCGAAGGACAAUGAGACCGGCCUCCUGGCCGAGUUUGAGACUGAGCGCUCGAACUGGGGUGAGGAGAAGAAGGCUCUAACUGGCGGCUAUAGUGAAAUUGAGGACAGGAUCGAUGAGUUCUUUCCUGGCUACUCCGUGGCCGCCGGCCAGGCCAUCGAGGCGCGCCGCGACGAGCGAAGGGGUGAAGGCAUGGAAAUCGUGCCCAACGCACCCCAGACCCUCAACGAGCAGCUUCUCGCCAUCCAGUCACGCCUUCAGCCGGCUCAUCCAAUGUUGCGCCGUCUGAAGUCGAAGCCCAGGUGCUGUCCGCCCUCUGGCCCGAAGCCAACAUUCCAGGAAGCUACCGGGGAGUUGGCGGCGGUGGCAGCUAAGCUCACUCAGCGUGCAGCGGGGAUCGUCGAGUACACCAACACCGACAACUUCAUCCCUGAACUGGACGAGGAGGGUGCCGAACUGCCGGCCAACUGGUUCAGGCUGAACCCGGCUGAUGGCGAAGACUCGAUGGAGGAGAUUGCCUCCAGCGACGAAGGCGAAGGCGAGGAGAGCGAGGAUGGCGAAGACGACGCGCCGGAGGGUGGAGCGGACGGCCAACCUCAGCUCGAUCGUGCCUCGAGUAGCGAGCCGCGUGCGGAUGUGUCGGCUGCUGCCGGAGGCGACCAAGCCAAGAUUCACCAACCGGCCACUCCACCAGCCGGCGCCGCCGACUCCACUAGCCUGCCAGACCCGCCUGCUGCUCCUCUAGCCUAG